AUGGCUGCGCCGCAGAGUCCCAACCUCAUGUUCUUCGACGACGAGCCGCCGGCGCCGGAUCGCCAGGCGCUGCAUUUCUUCGUGUCCUGCCGCGGCGUAGACGGCAACUCGCUCGUGUCCCCCGCGCGCUCGGCGCAGACGUUGGUGCGCGGCGCCUUCAACAUGCUCAGCGGCGCCGCGUCCAUGAACAACAACACCAAGUCGCCGCGCGCCAAGCCCCCCACGGAGGUCAACGUCGAGGUGCGCGUGGCCAGGGAGACGCCGAUCUUCGGCUUUGGCGCAGACAUUCCGGUACACCAGACGCCGCUCCCCCCUGCAGCCCCUAGCAGCGGCAGCGGGCUGACCAUUGAGAUGGACAGCUUCGGGGAGCUGGACGCGGGCUUUGCGGACAAGGCGGCGCUGCCUGCUGACGGACUCCUGGACAGUGAGAGCUACUGGAGCGAGCGCCAUAAGAGCCGCAACCCCAGGUUCUCUGUGGGCUUCAGCGUCCGCUGCAAGAACCCGGCGGAGUACGACCGCCACGUGCAGAUUAUGGUCAUGAUCCCCGACGAGGGAACGUCCUCGAACAGGAACAGCCAGGUCUUUGGGUAUGCGUUGACGUCGUUCCAGGAAAUGUACGCGGUGGCUACCAGCGGUAACUACAAGCAGAAGAUGACGCUACCCGUGCACUCGACGGUGCUGGACGGAGCCACCGUAGAGCUGCAGUUUGCCAACAUCCAGCCGCAGCAGCAUCCGCUGUUCAAGGCGCAGCAUAAUUUGUUCAGGAGCUUUAUGUUCUAUCCGUUGAUGAAGGAGGAGCAUGCCGAGAUGCAAGCUGCAAAUGCCAAACUGGCAGUUGAAGAGGCAGCGGAGGUGGACUUUAGUGUCAAGAUCCCACUGCAACUGCUGCGAGUGUGCCAGCUUGAGCUGCUCCAGAUGUAUGACGAGUGGAGGUUGAGGUACAACUACAACCGCAAGAGGAACCGCUACUUCGAUAAUGACGCGGAAGCGCUCAACUUCGGACAUGACGUGUUCCGCGUGCAGGUGGUGUGUGGACGUGAUUUGAAGACAAAAUCAAGAGCCAAUGCUGCUGCUGCUGCGGCAAAUACUGAGUUCGAAAUGACAACAGACCUAGGCAACCGGUCGUCGCGUACUUCAGGUUUCUCGAUAGGUAUGGUCAGUGGUCGAGGCGGAUUCGUGAAUCGGAUAAAGGCGGGGAAAUGGGGCAGUACUAGUAGUGGGUCAUCGUCGUUUAGCAGUUAUGACUCUGAUACGGCUGAUGCAGGAGCUGAAGCUAGCAGCGGCGUUCAUCCUUUCGUUGUGGUCAAGUUUGAAGACGGCGUGAUUGGAAAUCACGAGUACACUGUGGGCAAAACAAACACGGAGUAUGAUGCGCCGAAUCCUGUAUGGUCGAGCAACAAGUCUGCAAACAAAUGCCCUCAUGGAAAACCCAACACGAAAUACCACGCGUCCAGAGUGUUGCGCAGUCGUGUGGUCGUAUCACCCGUCAACGCGCUUAAGCAGUUCGUGUUUUAUAGGCCGAGUGUACAAGGAUCAACCGAUGAACCACUGGCUGGGUGGUUGCGCUUCCAAGUUUUUAACGAGCACUACGGCUACAUGAGUGGCGUCGAGAAUGACUUAAUCGGUGAGGUAAUGAUUCCGCUGCAGAGUGUGCGUGAUGCUAUGACAGUGGAGGAGAAAACUGUAUUUGAUGAUGACGAUGGCACCGAAGGUAAUGCUGGUGGAGCUCACGAAACAAAAUCCCGCCAAAUAGUGACGUCUCUCACUCUGGUGGAUUGGUUCGACGUUCGUUCGCCUACCACGGACGAGAUUUUUGGUCAAAUUCAGCUUCGCAUUAAUAUUCUGUUGGCAAACCCACUUGCCCCUCCGAGUGAUGAUCUGCUGGCUGUUCACGUAUCGGGGCCAUCUCCAACUUUGCCAAGACGAUUCAGAAGGGCUUCCGACUGCUCUCCACCGGCGGCUGAUGGUAUCAUUGAGAGUGAGAUUCCCCUUAAUUUUCUGUAUCCGCACGUGCUCAAUAUUCGAAAGCAGGUAACAGAGGUUACUGAUAUGAUUCGCCUUACUGAGCACUUGGUAGAGGAAAAAAAAACUUUCAAGUCCAGUCUACACAAGAAGCGCGCUGACAUCCAAGCUAUCCCGACGAACUUGCACGUUUCCUAUUUCCGCAUAUUCCGUCACUUUGGAUCGCAAUCCUUACCACACCCACCGAUGGACGCGCAGGCAUCAACCGAAGACUUGCUUGGACUGGACGUCAACGCGCACUUUGGGGCCCCUAUUUCGCGCGAUUCGUUGUCGAUACAUGAGCGCAUGAUGACCCCGGAGACACAUGCGACAGUCACCUGCGGUGCUCCGACUGCGCACGCCUUGGGGCUAAGCGAUUGUGGAUUGCGAGAAAUGGAGCUUGAAAUGCACAGUUUCCAAUCCGUUCUGGAAAAGAGCACACCGCGGUUAAUGGGGGGCCCAGUCAGUGAUAGCAACUGCUACAUUCCGGAAGACUCCUCCGAUUUCUUUUACCCUCCGCUGGAAGACGAGACGGAGGCCGAAGUCGAGGAUGAUGUCCGUAGCAGCGACAGCGCUGUUUCCGCGGGUGCAGUGGAAAUCGUCCCGAAAAAGAAGCCCACCAAGUAUUCGAUGAUGGCGCGCAAGGCUGCUGCAGCUCGAGCGAAGGCUUUGUCCAAAAAGCGUUUUGUCAGGAAGAAGAGCUCUCGGCAGCUCGACCAAAAGAACAGCGACGAGAAAACCGCGGUUUACGCCAAAUACCCUACGCUUCGCGCUGAGCCCGACGAGGGUGUGGACCCAACGACAUCGAUUAACUAUGCCGUGCGGAUGCUGUGCCGACUUGAAAUGCUACGCACCGAGUAUUAUCUCCGGAAGACUGUUGCCGUCUCGCAAUCCGUCAGCAGCCUUGUCACCUGCUUCAUGGCGGAGCUAGACCUGUGUUUGCAAGAGAGGAAUGACAAGGUACUCGAUCAAAUGGCAAAGGUUGGAUUCUUGAUCGGGUGGGAGAGCCUCAUCUCGUCGCAUGGUAAGGAGCUGUACAUGAUAUCUGACGCGUGGGUAGCGAUCAAAUGUCUGGAAACGUUUUCGUUCAAGCUCUGCGAGGGGAGUGACAUGGAGGUGGUGGUGGAAAAGAACGAAGACACGGGCUACAUUAUCAAGGUUCCUGUCCCCUCUGCCCAGUUUGCAAUGCUUCCGGAAAGCUUGCAGCUUGGUGGUUUGAUUAGCGUCACGUCCGUACUAUUCACGCAGGGCAUCAAUGAAAUGCAGAGCUUGGCAAACAUGGUCGGACAUUCGGGCGUUUCGAUCCAGCGAAAGAUCAACAGCACGAGCUUCCGUACCAUCUCCGAGUACUACAACCGCUUUACGGAGGUCUGCGGUAUUGGGAUGUCGGAAAUCAGUGUUGGCUCGCACCCUGACGAAAUCCUGCGGAAUUUGCGCGUCAGUGUCGAGAGUGAAAACUCGGCCUCGAAGAAUACAUGCAUCUUGCUGCAUGCCGCAGAUGCGGUGCGAAGCCUGAACGGCGGGCGGGUGACCUACUGUAAGUCUGGAAAGGAUCGGACGGCAAUGAGCACGACGCUGGAGCAGGCGAGGCUUUUGGUCCAGCGGAAGCGGCACGUGCUGCAGGAGAUUGAAUCAGGAGGUGCUACCGAGUACGGACCCCUUGAAGAAGUGAAGGAUGUGGCCAACACGAUGCGAGAAUUUGGUGUGCGUAUUCACGUAGCGAAGAAGAACGUGGGGCGCUUCAAAUAUUCGUUCAACUCGUUGCAACGGAAGCUACUGCCCGAGAUUUACCGUCCGCCCAUGUCGACAAUUCAAGACAUGGUGACAUCGGUCACGGCGCGCGACUCCUAG